CAAAUCUCGCGAGAUGUUGAGUUUUGACUUAGGUUGUAGGAUUAGGAUGAAAAACAGCGGUUCUGUAUAGAUAUGGCAUAAAUACCGUGAAAUAUUGGGGUUAGGGCUAGGUUUUGAGGUCGGAUUAGGAUGAAAACAGUGCUCACCCGGCGAGAUUUCACGAGAUUUUGGCUGUAGCUGUAUCCCUUUUAGCCACAACCGGAGCGCGCGGAGAAGGAUCAUGUGGCGCAUGCGCAUUGCGGUAGUGGGGAUUUCCAGCGGAACAGAAAGAUGACAGCAUUAAACAUGGAGUACCUUAUGCACAAACCUCUCCUUAAACCCUAAUCAUUUACCCGCUGCAGGUGCAAAAGCCUGACGUCUCCAUUCAGCACCCAGUUUAACCUACACCUCAUGUCAUGUUGCUCCUCCUAAGGUGUUUUGGGUAAAGAGGCAUCCAGAGAUGUCCACUACUGCAGGAAGGAGCCUUGGAUGAGGCAUACACUCAGAUUAAACUAAGCAUAUCUUCACUCCCUGUAUUCACUCCAUGUACUGCCAUACUUCUUUGUAGGAUGAUUGCAGAUUGCUGAUUUUUGCACCUCAUCCUUGGUCUUCCGGUGUCUAGUGAAGGUUUCGAGAUGGCAAAGUUUGCACUUUAAAGAAACAUUUGUGUGAUGAGAUAAAAGGUUGAAACUACCCAGUCCACUGCCACCAAUGGAUGCCAAGUUGCGAGAAGACCUGUUCCAUAGGUAUGUGGUGUCUCUGGAGAAUCGGCUGGAGGUGGGAGCUGGUGAAGGAGGAGGAGACAAGCAAGGAACUAAGACUGAGGAGGCACUGAUUUCUACAGCAACAGCACUCCUAGGCUCAUAUCAGCCAGAUCCAGGGCAACGCUUUCGGAUGUUUCGCUUUUAUGACAUUGUGGAAAAUUCACUAAGGACUCAGAGAGGUGCAUCCUUGAAAAGGUUGGAGACAGCAUUUGCAACACUGGAAAAAAUUUGUACCAACCUGCUGCUCUUUCCAUGGAAGAAGGAAUUCCGUUGCAUAAAGACUUUUACAGGGCCAUAUGUGUACCAGUUGCAGUCUGCCAUGUGCGAAGCUGACCUGCGUUCACUGCUACGUUCCUUGGGCUAUUCGAAAGACCAGGAACUGCAGUACCAUGUUAGGGACCAUCCAGGCGGAGCCACCCACCUUCGACAGCUGGCCUUUGAACUGCUCCUUGCCCAGGCUGAAUGCCGUCUACUUGCAGAAGUAGUGUCCAUGUCUCGGGGUUCUGCUUCAGAGCUAGAGGCUGUGGAGGUAAGGAGGAACACCAGGGAAGAUGCAGCCGGGUGCGCCGAUGCCCUCCACAGACGGGAGAGCCUUUCGGGCGACUUGUCUCGUCUCUCCGUCCGUCCAUUGGAUAUCGAACGCGCCCACCUGAGGCGAAGUGGCCGGCCGUCCAAGUCGGUGGACGUAACCGAUAGUGCAGGACACUGGCACCAGGCCAGCAAGCCAGUGCUGAAGGCUUCGCUCAGUCUUCGUAAAGAACCAUUGUUUGUCGACACCGAAGAGGACAUGAAGGACGAAAUCAUCCGACCUAACCCCUCGCUUUAUCCCGUGGCAGCCCCGCCCUCUCAGUACAGUCCAGUGGCAGAUUUCUUCCCUAUUCAGUCGCCACCGUCUGAGCCGUACCCCUACCACUUGUCCUCUCUGGAUGAGGUGGAUCUGUACACCGAACGUGGGCAUCAGACACCCUCUAGGCCACCGAGCAGAGAGCCACGAGAAUCCCGGGACAGUUGGGUUCUGAAGGGACAUAUGAUGAAGUGCCAGGGCUGUGGCAUUGGCUGCCCUUCGUUGUCCUCUUGCCAGAGGUGUGACAUGAUACUGUGCUCAGCCUGCCACUCAGUGGAGCCAACGCCUUGUUGCGGCUUCCAGGAGUACGCCAAAACUUCCCGACCUCCGGAGGGCUACAUGCCCAUGAAGGAGAAGCUAUCCGUCUACUCCAAUGCCCACUCUCACACUCACCCUCAUCCUGUUUCCCAUUCUCAAUCCCAUUCGCUGCUGCUGGACAAAACUGUGAUGAGUGUCAAGUUGUUUCCCAGUAAACCCGUGGGUUCGAGCACCGGUUCGGGGGUCGGCUCGGGUGGCGUCGAGCGACCGAGUGUGGCCGGCUCCCGCUGCGGCUUUUGCAACAAGCCGGGGGCCUCUUACACCUGUGUGAACUGCUCCAAGGUGUCAUGCGACACAUGCUUGAGCCUUUAUGCCAGCGACGUGUGUACCCGCAAAAACCCUCACCAUAACUUUGUGCCCAAUCACCAGCUCAAUUUUAAAUCCAGCACCAUAUCUCACCUCGUAUAUCGAUAGACCAGGAACACGUUUGUGCACUGCACCUCAGUUGUUCCUUUUAUCGCCGAUUUAUCCACCCUACUUUUAUUUAUUUUUAUUUAUUUAUUUAUUUUCCUGCUUCCUUAAUUGACAAAUGUUUUGUUAUGGUGAUGUUGCAGUGUAUUACCUAUCACUCAGUAGCUGUAUUUUAUCAAUAAAAGCAAAGGAAAAAUACUAUACCGGAAAAAAGUCCAUCCAGUAUCCGUGUUUGGUAACUUGAAAUGAUCAUGCAGCACAUAGGAACUGUAAAUGACUUUCCCCGAAACUGAAUUGAACUUGAACAACAGAAAAUACACUGGAACUAAAUAGUUUAUAUUUUGAUUUAUAAUGCUACAAAAUCUGUCUAUUGAUCUAAAAGGUGGUUUUCUAGGUGAAUGAGGUUUCAGUUCAGAACAUCUUGUCACCAUAUUAAGACAAGAAAUGCCUUGUAGGUUCAUACCGAGAAGUCAGCCUACACUGUUGAAAAUGCUGCUGUUGAAAAUAAAUCCAGGAGGGGGCGCAACUGGCCACUAACAUUUUUCUAACUUGGGCCAUGCUCAUUAU